AACCAGAGAGAGAGAGAGAGAGCAAAGCAUUUCUUGGAUUUGAAUUCUCAAAUUUCUCAGAAUGCCGAUCUCUAGCAUUGCCGUGGGAAGCCCAUCUGAGUUCGGGAGCGCCGACGCUCUUAGAGCAGCUCUUGCUGAGUUUAUCUCCACCCUCAUCUUUGUUUUUGCCGGUUCCGGUUCAGGCGUAGCUUUCGCCGAGCUCACUGACAAUGGAGCUACAACACCCGCCGGCCUUGUAGCAGCGGCCGUGGCACACGCCUUUGCCCUUUUCGUGGCGGUUGCCAUCGCUGCAAACAUCUCAGGCGGUCAUGUUAACCCCGCUGUCACAUUCGGUCUCUUCCUUGGCGGCAACAUCACUCUCAUCAGGGGUAUCUUGUACUGGAUUGCCCAGCUUCUCGGAUCCGUUGUUGCUUGCUUGCUCCUCAAGUUAGCAACCGGUGGACUGACCAUCUCUGCUUUCUCCCUGUCGACUGGUGUUGGAGCAUGGAACGCAGUGGUGUUCGAAAUCGUGAUGACCUUCGGUUUGGUGUACACAGUGUACGCAACCGCCGUCGACAAAAGGUCCGCCGGAAACAUCAGCAUCAUUGCACCAAUCGCCAUUGGUUUCAUUGUUGGUGCUAACAUCUUGGCCGGUGGUGCUUUUGACGGUGCUUCAAUGAACCCAGCAGUGUCAUUCGGACCCGCCGUCGUCAGCUGGUCAUGGGCAAGCCACUGGGUCUACUGGCUCGGCCCACUCCUCGGUGCCGCCAUUGCUGCCAUCAUCUACGACUGGAUCCUCAUCGCCCCAACCACCCACGAGCCACUACCCACCACAGACUACUCCUAAGCCACAGUCACGCUUCCACUCUCAGUAGUGAUGAAAUCGGUUUUUGAAUUUUAGUUCUUUUUGUUUUUCUCAGUGAUGAAGUGGGUGGGUUUGUUGAAGUUUGCAUCUGGCUGUUGUUAAUUGUUGAUUCCAAUGAAACUUUGUAUUCUUCUGUU